AUGUUUGAUGGUAUCAGGAAAGCUCAGAUGUGUGAGUCGCUCAGUCUGGAAUUGUCUCUGGAGAGCUUGAUGCUCAUGGGAGUUCUGUGUGAACUGGGUCAAAGGGCUCCUGUUGAUGAGGUUAUGGCAUGGGGAGAGUCAAUCAACCAUCUUCUGGAGUGCAAAACAGGCCAGCUGGUGUUUGAGGACUUUCUGAGGACCGAAUACAGUGAGGAGAACCUCUUAUUUUGGCUCGCCUGUGAAGACUACAAGAAAAUUACCAGAGAGACAGAAAUGACGUCUGCUGCCAAAAGGAUCUACACAGAGUUUGUCGAAGUUGAUGCGCCUAGACAGAUAAACAUUGACUGUGUGACGAGAGAAGAAAUCAGUGAAAAUCUCUCACAGCCGGAGCCAAAUUGCUUCGACAGGGCUCAGAGACUGAUAUACGGCCUGAUGGAAAACGACUGUUAUCCGCGAUUUCUGAAAUCAGAAAUGUACCAAGCUCUCCUGGAACAAGCUGAACAGCAAUGAAAGCAACCUGAGGAAGAAAAAAGGCUCGUCCAACGCCUCUCUGAAUGAUUGAUUCUUCACUUCAGUCGACUCUCCUUAGAAUCUCAGUUUAAACAAAAAAGGCUUGUCUGUCAGAGGAAGCAGAAGUGAAAGGAGAUACACAGCUGUCGCCACGACGACAGACGGGAUCUAAAAGCCAAACAUGAUCUAAAUGAUGCAUUAAGCAGCUCUUGAAGUCCAUUUUGGUUUGAAUUGUUUUAUAUGGCACAAGAAAAGGCCAAGAAUUAAGAAAAAGGCUGAGAAGCUCUAAAAGGUUGACAUUUGGAUGGAAAGACAGGUCUCAACGGUAAUUCUUUUAACAAUGUGUGUGCGUAAAUUACACAUUUGUUCUAUCAAAUUCAUUUUAAUCAGUCAUUUUUAUUUUAUGGAGGGUCCAAUUUUGAAUGUCAACUGCCCAAAAUUACCCAUGAAAGUGUAUCAUCAUCAGUUAAAAUUCAGUUUGUAUCGUUAUAUUUCUUUCCUCCUAUAUAACAUUAACACUGUGUGCUUGUAUGGGAUCCUCUUAUCUUGUUUGUAUUUCUGAAUAAUAAGCACUGUAUUUUGUCUGUGAUUUACCACCCUUGUAAGUUUGUUUUUGUUGGAUACACACCACAUGAAAGUAUAAUCACUGCAACUUUAAAGCAUCCCAUUCUCCCUGCUUUUAAAUAAGUUAUUUUUUGACAGUAAA